AUGUCCAACCCGAGUGCUGUCAUGAGAACAGCCCCCAUCGCCAUCGCUCCCAAGCCUCCCCGCCGCCAAAACUCGUACCGCCAGGACAGCUUCGCGAACCUUGAGCUUUUCCGCGGCAGCAUGCCUGGACGAGACAUGGCCGAGUCUGUUGGCUCCUACACAACUCGAUCUCUCAGCCCUUGCGAAUUCUGCCAUCGGUCUAGGGUCAAGUGCAUCGUGAGCGACGACGAAGAUAGCUGCAUACCCUGCCAGGCUAGCGGCUCUGAUUGCUCCCUGCUCAACAGUCCCCAGCCUAGAAAACGCAAGCUAAACGGCGACUUUGACGAUAGUGGUAAAAGAAGUUCACCAGCCAAGACGGAUAUCAGAAGGCGAAAGCAACACCAGCCCAGCCUCUCCAGCACUACCGGGAGCAGCUCCUUUCUCGAAGACAUGGCUAAUGUCGGAGGCCCGACUCUGCUGAAGCGGACGCUGGGUCUCCAGAACGACCGCUUCAGCCAGUACAUUGGCCCGACGACCGAUUUCGAGCCAUCUCUCAUCAACCUCUCACCCUUCAACCCCCAGGACGAGAGCCUCUUGGCGCGCGGCACCCUGCGAAAGGUCAGCGAAGACGACACGUUCCUCCUGCUGCCCGACUCCAACACGCCGGGUCACGAGCACGUCCUCGAGGAUGUCGAGGAGAUUGAGAAUCUCGUGAGGCCACAUGGCCGCAGGCUGGUAGACCUGUAUUUCCGCAUCGUCCAUCCUGCCUUUCCCAUCAUACAAAAGACUGUCUUUCUGGAAAAGUACGAACGCAGCUAUCGCGAGUUUUCGCCUUGUCUGCUGGCCGCUGUCUACUUGUUUGCCAUUAACUGGUGGGAGCACGAUGAAGACCUUGCCCGAGUCCCUCGCCCAAACAUCCCUAACUUGGAACGUAUGAUCCGCACCACUCUGGCCGACGCCAUGUACCGGCCGAAACUGUCCACCAUCCAGGCCGGACUUCUCCUCUCCCAGCGACCCGAGGGCGACCAGUGGGCUCCGACAGCCCAGCUUGUAGCCAUCGCCCAGGAACUCGGCCUUCAUCUCGACUGCACGCAUUGGAAGAUACCACCUUGGGAAAAGGGACUGCGGAAACGCCUCGCCUGGGCCUUGUACAUGCAGGACAAAUGGGGCUCCCUUGUACACGGCCGGCCGUCGCACAUUUUCUCUUCCAACUGGGGAGUACAGCCACUCACACAGCACGACUUUCCCGAUGUUGAAUGGGACGAGAACGAUGUAGAGGAGAAGCUGGAGAUCGAGCGUGGCCGAACUCUUUUCAGCCAGAUGGUACAGCUGUCGCAAAUACUCGCCGAGAUCCUCGAUACCUUUUACUCGUUGCAAGCGAUGCAAACCGUUACCAACGCCGGCGGCCAAGGCACGCACCUAGUUCUGGGCAUGGCGAAGCCUAUCCAGCUGAAGCUCAAGGAGUGGUAUGCCAGCCUGCCGGCAGCGAUCCGCAUGGACAACACGUAUUCGACGAACCCGACUCCCGCCAACCGUCUGUCGAGCAUAGGAUACCUCCACCUGGCCUACUUUGCUGCUGAGAUUACUCUCCAUCGCCGCAUCAUCCGCUCGCUCGAAGCUACCGGGUCGGCCGUCGAUCCGUACGUUCAACACAUUUGCCGAAGUGCGGCAAAGGCACGGCUCAUCUCCGCGAUGGACUUCGUCAAUCGUUUGAACUCAUUCCAUCUGCGCUCUUUUUGGUAUUUCGCAUCCAAGACCAACUUCGCCCUCAUCGGCACGUUUGGUUCUCUCUUGUGGGCGACGUCGCCGGGAAGAGAAGAAGCCGACUGGUAUCGAAGGCGUUUGGGAGAAUACCGCUGGACUCUUUCCGUGAGCUCCAAACCUGGCGAAGGCAAGGGCCUGACGGAGUUCGCCAUGACUAUGCUCGACAUUUCAACCGGCCUCCUCAAAAAGCUCCCCGAAAAGCCAUCGAUGAGCCGCAGCGGCAGCGUUGUGGAUAUCGGACCUGGCAGCAUGAGUAGCAGCUUCGCUGGUAACAGUUUGCUUGCCUUGGGGCAAAGCGCCCCACCGACGAUGACCUUGGGAGGGUUCAGUGGAUUUCAAAGCGCCGAUGUAAGCAAUGCUCAGAGCCCGAUAAGCGACGACAGCAGCGACGACGAAAUGUACGAGACAUUCGCCCCGACGGCGGGUAUGGCGGGUUAG